AUGGCUAGCAAAACUAACGUUGGGCGCAGGAGAAAUGCAGAGCUGCAGAUUAAGGUUGAUGAGAUGCAGAAAAAAAAUCAGAGCCUAGAGCAGCAAAUUCUAUAUCUACAGGAAAAAAAUGAGUUAAUGAGCAACCAGGUGGACGACCUCACAAUGAAGAAUGAUCAUUUGUGCAAGGGGUUAAUGGAAAUAGACGUACAAGCAGAACAGCUUCAAAAAGAAAAGGAUAGGGCUCUGUAUGCAGCUGAACAUGAUAUGGUGGAUGCAAAGACUGAAAUUCAUCAGCAGAAGAACAUCAUUGGAGACCUAGAGCAGACCAUCAAACAUCUGAAAUCAGAUGUUGAUUCUACCAAAGACCAUCUAGAAAAAGUGCAAAAUGAUCUUGAAGUAAAAAAGGAAGAGACAAGAACUCUGAAUAUUCUCUUAGACCAGCUCCAGGACGAAAAGAACAGACUAUGUAAAAAGGUGGAAAAGUUUGAGAGAUCAGAAAAGAACUGUAUUUUAACAAACGGGAAGAGUAAAGCAACAAGUCCAUCUAAGCUUGACUCAUUUGUCAAAACAUUAGAAGAUGAAAAAGAUUACUACAAGAGGGAAGCAGAAAGAUUGAGGAAGAUGCUUCGUGGAAGAAGCUGUAGUCCUAAACGCAACCAGUCCCAAUCAGAUUCUGAUCUCAACAAAAGUUUCCGGGAACGGGAUGAGCUCCAAUCAAUGCUGGAAAAGUAUGAGCGUCACAUGUCAGAAAUCCAGGCUAAUAUCAAGGUCUUGACAUCAGAGCGAGACAAAACCAAUGAACUUUAUGAAAAGGCUCAAUUAGAGAUAACAAGACUAAGAAAGGAGCUCAUGAGAUCUCCUAAGACUCCAAAAUCCAAUGUGACAGCUCAGUCCAUCCUGCGACGUGUAGAGAAUGAACGUGACACUGCUAUAGCAGAUUUAAGAAGAAUGACCACAGAGCGCGACAGCUUAAGAGAACGACUAAAGAUUUCCCAAGAGAAUGUCAUCUCUGACAGAGCUCAUCUGGAGCAGAGGAUAGAAGAGCUGCAAUCAUCCUACAGAACAAUGGAAAAUGAACUGUUGGAAAAUAAGUCUAAGAUUUCCCUCAUGAAGGAGAGAAUUUCAUGUGCGGAGAAUGAGAAUAAAAUGGUUUCAAGAAGAGCCACAGAUACAGAAAAUGAACUGAGCAGACAAAAAUCUGAAUGUGAUUCGCUGAGGCUAUUAAAUACCAAAACAGAGCAUGCUUUGGAGGAGACCCAACGCCGCCUUUCAUUGAAGUUAAAUGAAUUGCAAAUGGCACAAGAUAAACUUUUGAGAUUGGAAGAGAAGAUUGCUGAACAAACUAGUCAAGGCCUUUUACAGAAAGAUGAAAUUGCAAUGCUUAAAACAACAAUGGCGGAACUAGACAAAGAAAGGGAUAAUUUAAUCUACAGCCUGGACCAAAAGACAGAGAAAAUGUCUGCUCUUGAAGAAACCAUUGUUGUCAAAGAAAAUACAAUACAAAGUUUGAGAAAUGUGCUGAAUGAAAUGGAAGAUACUACACGCCAGUCAGCCAGGACUCUCAACAGUCAAGAGCAGGAGAUCAGCAGACUACGUCGGCAGCUUGAUGAAGUUAGCGAUGAGCUCUCGCGCACUGGAAGAGACCGCGAGAUGGUUGUUCAGGAGAAUUCUCGUUUACAGGACCAGAUUUCCAAAAUGAAAUUGGAAGUGCAGACUCUAACUCACAAACUUAAAGAUUCACAGAAUAACCUUGAAGAUAUGAAACGGAAAGUACAAAAUUCUAUGGGCGAAGUUGCACGGAUGGAAAAUUCAAUUGCUUCAAAAGAGAAAGAGAAUCAGGACUUUAUGGAAAACUUGCGCAGAGUCUCAGCCAAGGCUGAAAACUGGGAGAGUAAAUUUCAUCAAAUGGAAGACGAGUUUAAUGCAGCAAAGCUAGAACUUAAGGAAGCUGAAUCUGUGCGCCGCAAACUUAAAGAAAAAGUUGACACAUUAGAAAUGGAAGCUGAACAACAUUUAACUGCUGGACAGUCCUUUAAGUCACAGAUCUCUUUGAUGACAAAGUCUAUUUCAAACUUGGAAGAAGAGUUGCGGCAAAUCAAAGCUGAGAAGGUGUCUGUUCUCAGUGAGUUGGCAUCUACAAAGGAGCUUUGUAUUAAACUAGACUCCACCAAAGAAGCAGCAAAUCGACAGUUAAGCACCAGGAUCCAAGACAUUGAAAGGCUGCACAAUGAACUAGAAUCUUCUCACUCAGAAGUAGAACUUCUUAGGAAGCAGCUGGCAAGUGAAAGAGUCUCCAUAAAAAAUCUAGAGGUGAUGGCUGCAACCAGUCAAGAUAAUGAGUAUCACUUGCAAGUGAAAACCAACACUCUUGAAGCAGAGCUGCAUAUGCUCGAAGAGAAACUGGCCCUGGCAGAAAGCAAACUUGGAAAUCAGAGUAGAGAAACAGCCCAGCUAAAAAGCAAGAUAACCCAGCAGGAUACUGAGCUCGAAAUCACAAGGAGACAACUUUCAACAGAGCGCUUUGAAAGAGAACGUGCUGUUAAAGAGCUUCGACGUCAGAAUUAUUCCUACCAGCCAAGCUCUAGCUUUAGGAAUUCUGUGAGUCCUUCUGGUAUUUCACCUGAACGUAGAUUGCGAUCUCCUGAACGUCGCUCCAAAUCACCUGAAAGAACACUAGAAAGAAUCAUGGUAAUGAGUUCCCCAUUAAGCUCUAUAAAAUGUGAGAUUAUCAUAUUUCGAGUUUUAGGAUUUCAGUUAAAUCUUUAG